AUGCCUAGAUCCUACUCACAGGAUACAACGACGCGCAGAACCGGAGGGAGGUAUGCGCAGGAGAGUAGAGCAAGUUGCCAGCGAUUAGUGGACGAAUUUGGGUCUACGCACGACAUCCAUGGAGGGCCAGGAUCAAGACGAGACGUUUGCUCAAGACACGUCUCGGGCUCCUCAAUGUGAGCAAAGUGUCCCGCGUCGAUCGACCGUCUGUCCCUGAUCUCCCUCAUGCUGAAUCUUUGGUUGCGAACGACACUCGUUAGCCGCCGUCGCACAUCCAUGAGCAGCAAUCCCUCAGACUCUCCUUCACGCCGUCACGUGUCUUCUCGUCCGAGCGAGAUCGAGGUCGUGGUAGAGCACUGCUCAGCCGAUGCUCCGCCAAUUCACGAGGGCUGGUACGACGAAAAUUCUCACGAGGCUCUGGAGCAUGUUCAGGACCGACGUGGCGCGCUUGAGGCACCGCUAUCUACCCCAGUUGCAGCUGAUCACACCUGGAGCGGCUAUCCAUACAUUCUACCUGGAUCAGAAGCACGACACAGCUCCACUACGCUGGCUAGCAACUCGCCCGGCCCAUCCAAGUCUUUUUUGGCCGACGACGAUGCGCAGAGCACCAAAGUUGUCGGAUUGGCGCAUGCAAAUGAGCAGGGAGCCGGGGUGGGCGAGAAGCGUCAUGAAGGAUCUGAUUCACCCAGCAACUCUCACUCGGGUGCCGUGCUGUAUGCAAGCACGGCAGCACAGCGCUUCGUGCCACCACUUCUUCUCGCGGUGCCCGUCGUUCUAGUCUUGCUGCUCACUGCAGGCGCAGCGACGGUGAUCAUUGCAUGGAUUGUAGGUCACAAGAUGCCACUGGAAUCGGAAGGGGUGCUCUACCUCCGAGAGGGCGACGAGAAUGAGCUGGGUCGCUCUUACCACGACAAAACGCUCGGUCCAGAAGCAGUCUUGAAGUUCGACGAACAGGUGUCGCACCCAGUCACACUCACAUUCACCAGCAUAGUCGCUGUCCUGGUCGGAUUCAGCGUCGCACCAUCCAUGUCUCUCGUCGCGUACUCGCUCGCCGCAGACUGGCUCACGCUCCAAGAAAAGGUUGCCAAUAGCGGCAGUGCCGACAAGGUCGAGCAGCUGCCGACUCCGUUGCAGUACGCUCUCCUCUUGCAAGUGUGCGGCGCCAACAGCUUGGAAUCGAGUGAGUCUUCACUCGCGCACAGGGGUCAAUUUUGCGCUCACGAAUGCAACGCUAUUGGAUCUCCAAGUCUCCCACAGCGUGAAGCAUAUGUUGAAGAGCAAGGGCUCCCACGCUUCGGUCCCUAACAUGCUACGCAAAGCCGUUGCCUGGCUUAUUGUCCUGAUCGGCCUGACAUCUGCGUGUGCUUGGGUGGACUUUUGGUUGCACGAGAGCACUAGGACCGGUAAGCAGUCCAUGUGUGCCACUUUCAUGGGGCAUAGGCGCUGACACUUAGCAUCUUGCGUUCAGUCUCCGUGGUCGACGUCGACACCUUCACUAGCCAAAAAGGCAUGUCAUGGUCUCUGAAUAGCCAUAUUUGCAAUCAGACCGCAGACUUGCAGCAGCUCCCGUGUCUGGUCACUCUCCCAGCUGCAGCACAGGUGCCACGCUCAGAGGUCGUCGGUGAUCGUGCGCGGAGAGCUUCGAAAGAUCUCAAUGGACGUCACGAAGACCGCUUGCUUCCGGAUUUAAGCCUGGUGCGAAGAGGCGCGGAUGAAGGCCUCCCCUUCUUUGGCAAUGAACACUCGGUCACCGCAGCAGAGGGCUGGCUGGUCGUCAACAAUGCUAGCAGGACGCGUCAGAUCUCAAUGUAUCCCGAUCCCGAAACUUCCAACGCACCGCUCGCAUACCUGAGUGCAUCUCAAAUUCGACGUCAAGAUAUCUUCUCCUCGUCGACCUUGGGUAUCAGUUCCCAGUGCGAGGUACUCACUGACGAAUGCGAGAGCAUGGGAACAAACGUGAACUGCAGCAAGACUGGCCAUCCCGAACUGAGCGGCAGCAUUGUCCCGACCGACACCAGCUCGUGGGCGUCUCAAAGCCGCUUUCAUCUUCUCGACCAAGCCGGCAAGUCACUGGGAGAGUCAGAGAGUGUACAGGGACCAAAAAGCAACCCCAUGGAGCUGUCCGCUCUUGCAAUCUUCUCCGCUAGUCCGGCACUGUCCGUCAAUCAGUCUAGCCUCAAGGCUAUCGGAGCACCAGCCGGAGGCGCGUCGUUUGCUGCCUUCAAGUGCCGAAUGCUCUGGGAAGAACUGACUCUCAGCUUCUUUAAUGGCUCUUUCACUCUCAACACCCGCAAACCCGCUGAUCCGGCGCUAGUGCAUGCUCUCGGAGGUCCUUUCGUUUCUGGCGGUGUCACGGAAGCUACUGUCUUAUCCUUGACUCGUCUCACCGACAGGCUGUCGCGAGAGGAAUUCGCUUUUGAAUUCGCUAGCGCACUAGCCUACAGCUCUUUGGCCCUUCCGGCCGGUCUCAUGCAAAAGCAGGACGUCGAGGUCAGGGGCUGGCAGCCUGUACUCGCUCAGCAGUACGAGAAAGCGCCUCUUUUCCUCUUCAUCGGUAUCCUCUAUACACACGCUAUAGUAGCGAUCAUCCUCUUCUUGUGAGUGCCGUAGCCGCCCCUCGAACAGACAUACCUGUUGACGGCUAUGCAUAUGGCCGCACCGCUCUGCGCAGUUGGGCAUGGGGCACAUCUUCACAAUUGGUCGCGUACAGCGACCCGACGACAGGCGAAGUCAAGGACGUGCCCGCGGCCGUCCUAGCUCAGCGCCGAUUGAUCGACCCAACGCACCUCGUCGCAACCCACUUGGGCAACGGCCAGCCGUAUGCCAGGAAUGUGUCCGGGGGUGCCGUCGCCGCCUUGAUGGGCAAUGCAACCGCUGUCGGCCAACCCAGCCGCUUGAUAGGCCCAGGCAGCGCAUGGAGUCUGAGCACGGGCAUCGAUGCUGCAAGCCCCUGCAGCCACUGUGGUCGUUCCGGCUGCUCAGGACAGCCGAUUACACGCCAGCAAGCUAUCCGUACCACCAAGACCAGUGAGCAGCCAGCACCACGCGUCCAGGCGGGCCAAAGUUAACAUUUUCCCCUCUCUCUUUAUGACUCGCAGGCUUCUUGGGUCAAUUUGAGGAGGCUGUCCAUCAAGAAAGGGUCGUUGUAGGGCUCGAGUCGAAUGGACGGGGAUUUGGCGUUUGGAAGCUGUCGAAUGCCAAAGGUGCCAUCGGCGAGCGCUCCGGAAAGAGGGACAGCAUGCUUCGCGCCGGGCAUGGUACGCACGUAGCUCGAAUGCUGCACCAUGAGAAAGGAUCGUCGACCGCUAGCGGUGCUUUUUCCGUUCGAAAAGCAGCUUCUCGUUUCCGAUCCAGCAAGCGCACUCGCACGCACGCUCUCCGUGACGACACUUUUCAUGUGGCUGAUCAAAGCUCAUCGCAACUUUACGCAACUCCUUGA